UGGUUGAAUUUUGCUUGUCAACAAAGUUUAUGUUUUGAUGAUGAAAGGAAAGAUAUUUUAAAUAUUUAUAUCAUACAUAUUAUUCCUCUACACAUAUACAAAAAUAUUAAAAACCGCAAUGGCUUUGAGAACAUACGGUGACAAACCAGCCAGUUUUCAACUGGAAGAAAAUGGGGAAUAUUACUGUGUUGGAUCUGAGGUCGGUAAUUACCUGAGACUCUUUAGAGGAUCACUUUACAAGAAGUACCCUGGAAUGUACAGAAGAUGUUUGACAAAUGAGGAAAGAAAAAGGCUAAUUGAUUUGGGGCUAAGUCAACAUGUUUUAGCGAGUAGUGUAUCAUUGCUUAGGGCAACUGAAGUUGAAGAUAUUAUCGAGGGAAAUGAUGAAAAAUAUAAAGCUGUAUCUGUGCAUACAACCGAUCCUCCUCUCCCUAGAGAGGGGAAGUCAAAAAAGAAUAUGCAAUGGGUUCCUUCUUUACCUAAUUCGAGUCAUUUAGAUGCAGUUCCUCAAGCUACACCUAUAAAUAGGAAUCGUGUAGCUUUAAAAAAGGUGCGGACUUUCCCCUUAUGCUUUGACGAUACAGACCCACAAAUAAACAUGGAGAAUGCAACUCUCAACGAAGUUCUUGUUCCAAUUCGAUUAGAUAUGGAAAUAGAAGGACAGAAAUUGAGGGAUACUUUCACAUGGAAUAAGAAUGAGAGUCUCAUUACUCCUGAACAGUUUGCGGAGGUAUUAUGUGAUGAUCUUGACCUGAAUCCGUUAGUUUUCGUUCCUGCCAUCGCACAAGCCAUACGUCAACAGCUGGACGCAUUUCCUGCAGAACCGCCAACUAUUCUGGAGGAAAGUACAGAUCAGAGGGUUAUUGUUAAACUGAACAUUCAUGUUGGAAAUACUUCAUUAGUUGAUCAGGUUGAGUGGGAUAUGGCUGAAAAACAGAAUAAUCCCGAGGAAUUUGCCCUGAAACUAUGCGCCGAGCUGGGACUAGGGGGCGAGUUUGUUACAGCCAUCGCAUACUCGAUAAGGGGUCAGCUGUCGUGGCACCAAAGGACUUAUGCCUUUGCCGAGGCUCCGUUGCCAACUGUUGAGGUACCGUUCAGGCCCCCCAGUGAAAGCGAUCAAUGGGCUCCGUUCCUGGAGACACUCACGGAUGCGGAAAUGGAAAAGAAGAUUAGGGAUCAAGACAGGAACACGAGAAGGAUUAGACGGUUGGCAAAUACCACACCUGGUAAAUUUUCAUUUUGAAUUUUAGUGCAUGAAUGUAGACAAAGCGAAAUCUGGGAGGGUGUCCGUGAAACCACACGCUUGAAGUGUUGGGGAAAUUUUAGACUUUUAAUGUAUCAUUCUAUAAUAUGUAAAAUAAAAGCCAAGACAUUUA